AAAGAGGGAUAUAUUCUUCAAUUACCUAUAGAAACCUAAAUAUAUAUAAAUACAAAUGAAUACAAAUUGUAAAGUUGAAUUCUAAUGGAAUAUAUAUGUAAAUCAUAAGAGAUUUAAACAAUGUUUUACAAAAAUAUUUUAAUUUCAAUCAUUAUUAUUAUUAAUUUAUAUAGUCAACAAUUAACAUUCAUUAAUGCAAUACAUUUAACACGUUAUCAACGUUCAUUAAGUAUGAAAAAUAUUAUAUUAUGGCCAAAUGGUAUUAUACCUUAUAUUAUUGAUGAUAUAGAUAAAUCAAAAAAUAAUGAAUUUACAGAAUAUUUCUCUAAACUUGAUGUUUUAUUAAUUAAAAAAGCAAUGUCAAUUAUUGAAGAAGAAACAUGUAUUCAAUUUUAUGAUCUAACUUCUAGAAUAAAUACAAGAAGAUUUUCUGAUAGACAUUUAAUUCGAAUUAAAGGUCGAGGUCAAAGAGGAUGCUAUUCAUCAUUAGGCAUGAUGAGAAAUAGGAAUCAAGUUCUUCGACUUGGUCCAACCUGCCGAACUGUUGGUCAAAUCCUUCAUGAAUUACUUCAUGCAUUAGGUGUAAUGCAUGAAAUUAUGCGACCAGAUCGUGAUCAAUACGUUAUUCUACAUGAAGAAAACAUUGACAAAUCAUAUUUGGAAGAAUUUAAAAAAAUUAGAGAACAUCAAUCUAUUUUGACAGAUCGUAAAUUUGAUUUUCAAUCAAUAAGUUUAUAUGAUCCUUUUACUUUUACAUCAAACGGUAAUCCAGUAUGGGAACCAAUUAAUAAUUUAGAUGACGUACCAUUGUUUUCAAUCAGUGAAAAAUAUUUAUCAUUUGAAGAUACUGUUGGUUUAAAUCGACUGUAUAAGUGUGAUAGAACUUGUUCCAAUCAAAGUGCACCAUGUGAACCAGGGGAAUUUAGAAACAAACAUUGUAUUUGUACAAAUGCAUCAAAAUAUGCUUUUGAUCGAUGUAAAGAUGAUGUCAAUGAAACUAAAUAUUGCAGUGAUGCAGUUUCUAAAAAUAAAUGUUACGAUGAAGCAAAAUAUGCCAUACCUUUUUGCAGACGUACAUGUGGUAGAUGUUUUCGGGCUGGUUCAAUAGGAAUAUCAAAACCUCCAAAAAAGUUAUGUCAAGAUGUGGAGAUUGAUAUGUGUGAAAACUACGUCAAAGAAGGAUAUUGUCACUUUGAUGGUUGGACCAAGUUAAAUUGUCAGUAUUCCUGUAACCUAUGUCCAUCACCUGAUGUCGUCAAGAGACAAGUUGAAACAAGUGAUGUAAGAGCAUAUUUAGAAGCUUAUCGCAAAGGUGAUUGUUUCAAUAGGUAUGAUGAUCUACGGUGUGAAGUAUUUGCUGAACGUGGUGAUUGCCGUACGAAUCCUGGUUUCAUGUCUAGUCAGUGUACUCAGUCUUGUGGUUUAUGUUCAGAGAUAGAAAACCGGCAUCCAAAUGUUAGUUAUACUCAGUCUUCCCAUACAAUACGACUACCGGCACCCUGUCGUAAUUAUAUUGAUGAUCAACGUUGUGAUGCCCUUGCUAAAGAAGGAAAAUGUUUUGGGACUACAUUGAAACAGUGUCUUGGUUCAUGUAAUAAAUGUGGUGAUAAUUAUCGACGUCAAACUACUGAAAUUCCCCAUACUACAACAACCAUUAUUAUCAAUAAUAACGAUAAUAGUACCAAUACUUAUUAUAAUAACUCAUUAUUGUCACUCGAAUGUGAAGAUCAGUCAUCCUUAUGUUCAUAUUAUAAAAAUACUUUAGAAUGUAAAACGAAUAAAAUUAUUAUGUUAGAAAUGUGUCCUAAAACUUGCGGAUCUUGUGAAUUAAUCUGUGAAGAUAUUGAUUCACCAAGUGUGUGUAAUGAUCUUGUUCAACGUGGUUACUGCAACCUAUCAAAAGUGCAUGCUCGAAGAUGUAAAAAAAGUUGCAGUAUUUGCAAAGACCUGAAAUAUUUAAAGACAAAUUCAUCUAUAUCCAAUAAUCUUACUAAUGUAAUUGUGUCAAACAGGACAAAAGAAAUUAAUGAGACUAUUUUUAAUAUCACCGCUACGUCAUUUGCAACUACCAGUACUACAACAGUAGCUUCAAAAAAUUCUAUUACUUAUUCUACAACAAAAGAUAAUUUAAAUAGCUUCGAAGUGACAUCUGCAAUAUCUAGAACAGCAGAAAUCUCACAUAGAAAACCAUCAUCGAAACCUAAAUUUGUAACUAAACGAACGUACUUACCAUCAGAAUAUUCUGACAACAAACAGGAAUGUAUCGAUCAAUACCCGAAAACAUCUUGUAUCGCUUGGAAAAAGACAGGUUAUUGCAAUUUUCCACAUGUCUCUAAAUUAUGCUUGAAAACAUGUCAUUUAUGUGAAACUAUUGAAUUGUUAAGUAAAUAUCGACCAUUAAUAAUUUAAUUAUUCCUUUACUCUGUUCUAAUAUUUUAUUUCAUUGUAUCUUAGUUUCAUUACUUUUCAUUUGAAAUUGUUUCAUUGCAUUUAUUAAGUAUGUUUUAUACUAAUAAUAAUAUUAACAGUAUUCAUAUUAUUUCUAAAUUGAAUAUCAUCUGUUUCUUUAUAUAGGAAAAAUUUUUUAAAUCAAAAUAUGACUUUUCUUUGUUUUAAAUUCUUAUUUAUUGGGAUAAUAAUUGUAAGAAGAAAGACACUCUGCAUUUGUUUUUUUUAAUUCUUCUAAAUUUUAAUGUAAAUAUGUGUAGAUCUUUGCACAAAAGAAUCUAAAUAU